AGCAGCUGCCAGCCGCCAGCCUCUCUCCUCUGGCCAGCUCCACCUCUGCCUCUCGCCCCCUCCUCGAAUCUGUCCUCUCGUCUCCCCAUUUGGCCACCUCCACUGGCUACUAAUGCUUCUGGAGCACAUCUCUCCUGCCCCAUCCCUAAAAUUUCACUUUUCAGCCAACAGGCCUUCAGCAAACAGAAGCUCUUGCUCCUCCCUCCGAGGCCUUUCCUGGUCUUCCCAGCUCUAGGGCCUGGUCAGGCCUCCUGCUUCCUCCCCCCUACUGGCAGGCAUUCUGGGCUAUUCUACCUGUUGUCCCCAGCCCCACACACCCAUGGAGACCCCAGGACUGGUAAUGCAUGGGGAGGCUGCACCUUUCUCCACAGCACUUCGAAGCCUCAUCAACAACCCCCUCUACAGUGAUGUCCGAUUUGUGGUUGGUCAGGAACGGCAGGAGGUGUUUGCCCACCGGUGCUUAUUGGCCUGUAGAUGCAAUUUCUUCCAGCGACUUCUGGACACCAGGGUACCUAGCCCUCUGGUGCUGAGCACUGUGCCAGCCGAGGCCUUCCUAGCAGUGAUGGAGUUCCUAUAUACUAACACUGUGAAGCUUCACCGCCACUCUCCUGUCUCAUUUCCCUUACCCCUCCGGGGCAGGAGCAGAGCCUUCCCACACCGACACCUGUUUCUGUUCCAGCUGUGCCUUGAAUUUGUGGGGAAAAUACUGGACGUGGAGCUGGUGUGUGAGGCCUUGCAGGUUGCGGUCACCUUUGGCCUGGGUCCACUGCAGGGGCGUUGCCUGGCCUUCAUAGAGUCCCACAGCAAGGAGGUGCUCCGCACGCGUGGCUUCCUGGAGCUGUCGGCGCCCGCGCUGCUGCCCCUGCUGCGUAGCGACAAGCUCUGCGUGGAUGAGUGUGAGCUGGUCCUGGCCGCGAGGAGCUGGGCGCGUGUGGGCGCGGCGGUGCUGGAGAGGCCGGUGGCUGAAGUGGCAGCUCCUGUGGUGCGAGAACUGAGACUGGCCUUGCUGGCCCCAGCGGAGCUGAGCGCCCUGGAAGAGCAGAACCGGUUGGAGCCUCUCAUCCCGGCUGAGCAGAUCGUGGAGGCGUGGAAGUGCCAUGCCUUGCGGAGAGAGGAUACGGCCCCGGGUACGCGGUGCCGCCGUAGGAGGGGCACCCUGCCCAGAGAGCAUCACCGCUUUCUGGACCUGCCUUUCAAGUGACAGCGCAA